CCCGCUAGUGAGGGCCCGAGAAGUGUGCGACGUCGGUUUAUCAUUUGUGAUUUGUGAUUUAUAUCUUUUUGCUACCCCUACUGUCAUUGUUGUUCAAGUGGGAAAACCGAGAAGAAAAACUGAAACUCAAACUGAAACUGAAACUCAAACUGAAACUGAUUUGAAUACUCGCCAAAAAGUAUGGAAGUGCUGAAGAAAGACGCCGCCAUGGGCUCGCCGAGCAGCGUCUUCUAUUUCCUGCUGCUGCCCACCUUGGUACUGUGGUACAUCUACUGGCGCCUGUCCCGUGCCCAUCUGUACAGGCUGGCAGGACGAUUGCCGGGACCGCGUGGCCUACCCAUUGUGGGUCAUCUGUUCGAUGUGAUUGGACCCGCCUCAUCUGUUUUCAAAACAGUCAUCCGGAAGAGCGCCCCCUUUGAGCAUAUUGCCAAAAUGUGGAUCGGUCCCAAGCUGGUGGUCUUCAUCUACGAUCCACGCGAUGUGGAGCUGCUGCUCAGCAGCCAUGUGUACAUUGACAAGGCAUCCGAGUAUAAGUUCUUCAAGCCCUGGCUGGGCGAUGGCCUGCUGAUUAGCACAGGUCAAAAAUGGCGUUCGCAUCGUAAACUAAUCGCACCCACAUUCCAUUUGAAUGUCUUGAAGAGUUUCAUCGAGCUGUUCAACGAGAACUCUCGCAAUGUGGUGCGGAAGCUGCGUGCGGAGGAUGGACGCACAUUUGAUUGUCAUGAUUACAUGAGUGAGGCGACUGUGGAGAUUCUAUUGGAGACAGCCAUGGGCGUGUCGAAGAAGACGCAGGACAAGUCCGGAUUCGAGUAUGCGAUGGCUGUGAUGCGAAUGUGCGAUAUACUGCAUGCCCGGCACCGCAGCAUCUUUCUGCGCAACGAGUUCGUUUUCACACUGACGCGCUACUACAAGGAACAGGGCCGUCUGCUCAAUAUUAUCCAUGGCCUCACCACCAAGGUCAUUCGGAGCAAGAAGGCGGCCUUCGAGCAGGGAACUCGCGGCUCGCUGGCGCAGUGUGAGCUCAAAGCGGCCGCCCUGGAGAGAGAACGGGGGGGACAGGAGCAGGCGGAACAGAUGGGCUCUGGGGUAUUGACGACUGCUGCUUGUGAGGGCACACCUGUGGCUGGGCUCUCGUAUGGCCAGUCCGCGGGCCUCAAGGACGACCUAGAUGUGGAUGACAACGACAUUGGGGAGAAGAAGCGUCUCGCCUUUCUCGACCUGAUGCUGGAGAGCGCCCAGAACGGAGCCCUCAUCACCGACACAGAGAUCAAAGAGCAGGUGGACACGAUUAUGUUCGAGGGCCAUGACACCACCGCAGCCGGCUCGUCCUUCUUCCUCUCACUGAUGGGCAUACACCAGGAGAUCCAGGAUCGCGUGAUUGCCGAGCUGGACGGCAUCUUCGGGGACUCGCAGCGCCCAGCCACAUUCCAGGACACGCUCGAAAUGAAAUAUCUGGAGCGCUGCCUGAUGGAAACGCUGCGCAUGUACCCCCCAGUGCCGCUGAUCGCACGCGAGCUGCAGGAGGAUCUGAAGCUGAACUCGGGCGACUAUGUUAUACCGCGUGGAGCCACUGUGACGGUGGCCACGGUUCUGUUGCAUCGCAAUCCCAAUGUCUAUACCAAUCCCAAUGUCUUCGAUCCGGACAACUUUCUGCCCGAGCGUCAGGCCAAUCGGCAUUACUAUGCCUUUGUCCCCUUUUCCGCGGGACCACGCAGCUGUGUGGGGCGCAAGUAUGCCAUGCUCAAGCUGAAAAUUCUACUCUCGACUAUUUUGCGGAACUAUCGCGUCUACUCGGACCUCAGUGAGUCGGACUUUAAGCUGCAGGCGGAUAUCAUACUGAAGCGGGAAGAGGGUUUUCGAGUGCGUCUCCAGCCCAGAUGAUCACCACAAAAUACAACUAAAAACUAAAAACAACUAAAAAAAAACAAAAAGGAAUAAAACAAAAAACCAAACUUAUCCAUACAAAUAUAUCUCUACUUUUGCGCAAGUGAUAGUCGCCGGUUUAUACAGUAAUAAUAAUAUUAAAUAAUAAUAAUAAUAAUAAUAAUAUUAAAUAAUAAAAUUGCUUCAACACUCGAUUUAUUGAC